CUGAGCACGUACUACCAUGUCCUGCAUUCAGAACCAAAGCAUUUACACCCUUAGGAAUUGUCAGGGGGGUACUGUUAUCGAUCUCUCUGGUGGGGACAACUACUCUAUCAUCGGUUAUCGCGACCACAACGGUCCCAACCAAGCGUGGAUCUUCCAACAAGCUGAUAACGGCUGGUUCAUCAAGUCCGUCGGGGCCGAUAAAUAUCUCGGGAUCGAAGGCGAUGUGAACGAUGCUGGUAAUGGUACUAGAGUCGUUGCCGUUCCGUCUCCUGUCAAGUGGGAUAUCAAAGAUUCUGAUAUGGAAGGCGUUGAAGGUGUUAGGAUAUUACUCCAUGACAAGAAAUUCAGUGUAGAUUUGUCCGAUAAGGGGAAUGCGACGGAAGGCACGCCGGUUCAGCUCUGGACGAGGUGGCAUGGUGCUAAUCAGAUUUGGGCGCUUGUUGAGCGUAAAUGAGCGUGAAACAGUGGAACUAUUGUAUGCAUGGGUGUGGCUUAUCGUGUAAAACAGGAUACUCGUGAAGAACGAAAUAUUGUUUCUAGUUGAUCUUACUCGAGAUUAAUCUCAGCUUGGUUGAGAGUGUG